CUUCAUCACGGAGUUUCUCUCGGUUUGUGGGCUCAUCUAAAGGGAUAAAAUACAUAUCUAUACUUUUGUGUCCCAGCUGAGUAACAGGAGGAGAAGAGUCUGGUGGAGCAGCAGAGGAACAAUUUCAGCCAUUUGGACUCAGCUCAGCCACUACAGAGGAAACAAUGACUUCAACACAAAAGGACCAACAUGGAGCGAGAAGUCAGCGCUCUCAGGAGGCCGACAAACCUCACAGAAGAAAGGGAGAGAAAAAAUACAGCUGUGAUUUUUGUGGAAAUUUUUUUACCCGGGCUCAACACCUAAAAACACACCAACUCAUCCACAGUGGAAUUAAACCGUACAGCUGUGAUUUGUGUGGAACUUUUUUUACCCGGGCUGGAAACUUAAAAACACACCAACUCAUACACAGUGGAAUUAAACCGUACAGCUGUGACUUGUGUGAAAAAUCUUUUACACGGGCUCAACACCUGAAAACACACCAACUCAUGCACCGUGGAAUUAACCCGUACAGCUGUGACUUGUGUGGAAAAUCUUUUACCCGGGAUCAACACCUGAAAAAACACCAACUUAUCCACAGUGGAGUUAAACCGUACAGCUGUGACUUGUGUGGAAAAUCUUUCAUCCAGGCUCAACACCUGAAAACACACCAACUCAUCCACCGUGGAGUUAAAGCGCACUACUGUGAGUUGUGUGGAAAAUCUUUUACCCAGCCUGGAAGCUUAAAAAGACACCAACUCGUCCACAGUGGAGUUAAAGCGUACAGCUGUGAUCAGUGUGGUAAAGCUUUUGCUCAAAGUAUAUACUUACAGCGUCAUCAAGUUACCCACUCUGGAAGUAAAGCGUACCCCUGUGAUUUUUGUGGAAAAACAUUCCGCCGCAUAGAGUCACGAAAUAGACACUUACGCAUUCACACUGGACAUAAUGUUUAUUUCUGUGAUCAGUGUGGAAAACUCUUUCCAACAGGUGUACAGUUACAACAACACAUGUUUACCCACAAUGAGGAGAGACCUUAUAAAUGUGACCUGUGUGAUAAGACUUUCAAAUCUCCAAAUUUCCUGAGAAAACACCAAAAGAUCCACACCAGAAAGUAACUUUACAACUGCAGUUACUGUGAGGUGGGGAGACUUAAGCGGGUGAGGUAUUGGAGCCUUGAACAUGAGGUUUGCCCAUAGGAAGCGGAGAUGGGAGUUACUGAAAUAACCACUGACUAGUCGAAAACAAAUUUUCCUUCUCAGCCCAUUGCCAGGCCUGAAGAUCCUCUUCUUUUCAGUCUGGGGAUCUGACCAGGGUGUACCCUGCCUCUUGCCCUCUUACAACUUUAAUAGACUCCAAACUUCCAACAUGUAUUUAUGGUCAUGAGCAGUGAUGGGAAUAAUGGCAUUAAAAUAAACAGUGGUACUAACACCAGUACUUGUUUUCAGUGACUAGUAACCUAACUAAUUGCUUUUUCUGUCAUUACAACACCGUUACUAGCAAGAAAAAGCGGUGAAGGUGUGUUCCAGUUUGUCAACACACAGACGGUUGAAGCGGUCUUCUUCUUACCGUGAGCUAAGGGGAGCAAACAAUCACACAAAUGCUGCCACAGUUUUCUACAGAGUCCUCAGAGAGCUGUGUGGACCUCAAUUCUGGAUCAUCCUGAGACAACAAAUCUGAACCCAAACUCCAGUUAUCUAUGUAUUUGCAUGUAUCCAGUUCAGAGCUGUGGGGUGCUGGAGUCUGCAGCUGUCACAGGUAUAGGCUAUGAAAGUGAAUGAACAUGAUGUCCUAGAUACCAGCUCAUUUUGGUGGAAAUUGAAUAAUUUUGCGAGAAGGCUUAAGCAGGUCAACAGCAAGGGGAGGAAGAUGGUUUUUCAGGAUUCAAAGCAAUGCAGGAGAAACUGGAGGAGAGGAGACACUCACAUGAAGACACACUGGAUUAAAGAAAGAAGCACAAAAACUCAGAUAUCUGAAACUGAUUCAAAACCCCAGAGAGCUCAAACUUUAACCACAUUCCUCCACACCUGUUGGUGGCGAUAAUGCACCUAGUGGUUGUUGAAGACAGAGCCUGUGCAGUAGUGACUGGGUUUGCUCCUUCUCCUUGAUAGAGAAGGGUCUGGCUGCAGCCACUGGGGAGCGCCAUAUUGGGACCUCCACAGUAACCGGAAACACGUGACCUCCACAGUAGGCGGAAAUACGUUCCUGCAUGGAUCAUGGACUGUGGAAACCUUGCAAGUGGAUCGUAAAGGUUGGCACAGAGUCUUUCAUGGAUAAAUUUGCUGAUAAUAAUUAUAUCAUUCUGGGAAUCAUCUAGUUUGCUUACACUGAUUAUGUUGGCACUUUGUUAACAACAACGGUCAGACCCCCGAGGCAUCUAAACUUUCGUAAGGAAUGUGUACUUUUGACACCCCUGGUUAGCAUUUAGUGGUCAGUUUCAAACGUAUUUGAGUUUUGCUUGUUAUGAACAAAUUCACUUCACUACUUUUCACUCUCUGUAACAUCAAUGCACAUUGUUCCAUUUACUGCAUAUUGCACUUUAUUCAUGUCUUUCAUUCCACCUGCAAAAACACUGUAAAGGUCGUCACAAAGGGGUUUAUAUAUUUAUAAAUACUAAUAUUCUCUAUUCCAUUCUGUUCCGCUUUUUUAUUGCCCAGAUCUUAGUUAGCCUUUGUUAAAUUGUUAUAUGUCAAUAGAUACGUAUGUCACAAAUAAAACUUGUAAAUUAUGUUUUUAUAAAGAAUUUUCUCCCAAAUCUCAUACAUACUAACUGUAACGUGUUAUUUCUGCUAAAACCUGAACUUAAAUGUGUAUAUGGUGUUUAUCUGAUUUCUCUCUGUUUUAGAUGCUCAUAUCAAUUUGGAAUUCUGCCUCCAAGCCAGAAUUGCAGUAAUGCACCACAUGUUGCAGAAGACUCUUUCACUGCCCUCUGUGCCCCACUCUCAGCCCUACUGUCAGGGCAAAGAUUGAGGAGCAUAUAAAUGGAUACAUUAAAAUUGCUUGCCUUUCAAAGGUAUGUUGGUAUUAAAUAUACCUCAUAGUUAAAGUUAUAAAUAUGCAUUUCUUUUCAGCACCUCUGCAGUCUCUUUGUUGACUUAAAAGUUGCUUUUCACAUUGUACAGUUCAGUGCAUUCAUCAGCAAGAGAAAAAAAGUGUGUUUUCAUUAAAUAUUUUUUUUCUUGUUCACCACAUUUCCUGACAGCUCUUGUGAUCCACAACAUUUUGCUUUCAUUAUUGAGGAUGGCUUGGAUAUUUUUGUUAAUAUGUACAAUCUGAUUGUUAGAUAAACUGAUUGCAUUCUAUACAACUACAUUUAAAUUACAUGUUGUUGUUUUUUUUCUCUCUUACAGACAAAAUGAUAAGCCAGUGCACUUUCACUGCCCUGUCUGUAACAUGAGAGUA